UCGUUUAUGACUUUGUUUUUCCAAGUCAAACAAUAGCGCAAUCAUAAAUAAAUAUUUUUAAAACAAUUAGAUAUUAAUACACAUUUAUAUCAAUAAAAACAUUCAAGUCUAACGACCUUUGUCACAUGAUCACUAAGAGCUUGGUUUAAUCAGCCGUCAAAGGCGUAAAUUAUAAGUAUGGCGACGCUUGAUUGUAAAACGUCUGAUAAUUCUUCGAGUGAUUUUACUAAAUCGCAAGUUUUUAAUAUUAAUUAUACCGAAAUUAGUGAUGAGAACACUGAAAAUAAUAUUCCCUUGCAAUCUUCAUGGACAUUUUGGCUUGACAAAGCCGUACGUGGUAGGACAGUGGAUGAAUAUAAAGAAAAUUUAAAGAAGGUUUAUACUGUUGAUACAAUUCAAAAUUUUUGGGCUGUUUAUAAUAAUAUACCAAAAGUUUGUGAAAUUCAAAAUAAAUAUAGUUACCAUUUAAUGAGGGAUGAAAGAUUGCCAUUAUGGGAAGAAACUGAUAAUCAAAAAGGUGGUACAUGGCGAUUUAGAUGUCACAAAAAUGAUACUGAAACUGUUUGGAAAGAAGUUGUUCUAGGUGCAAUCGGUGAACAAUUCAACAAAUAUAUCCACAAGAAUGAUGAAAUAUGCGGUGUUACUGUCUCAGUAAGGGAUCGAGAUGACUUGAUUCAAAUUUGGAACGUUGAGGCUGAUCUUGCUAAUGCAGCGACGAUAAUUCCAGCUGUUGUAGAGCUUUUGCCAAAGAUUAAUUUUCUCGGACAAUUUUAUAAACCUCAUCAAUUGAACUACGCCUAUGAACGUCACUAAAAUAUUUACGAAAUUGAAUUAAAGGAUCAUGAUGCCAAACUGAUUAAUAAUUAAUUAUAAAUUGUUAUUAAUUAUUGAUCAUAAAUUUAAAUUAAUUAAAUUAGUUACAAUCAUAAGACUUGAAUGAAUUAAUUUUGAUAAUAAAAUUUUAUAAACUAUGAGCAAGUUUUUCAAUCUGGGAUAAAAUUAAAAUUAU